CACUAGCUCCAGCUCCACAGCUUCCGCAGCUGAGCUCUCCACCACUUCCAGACUGACUGACUUCAGCUUAUCUCCACUUACAACCUGGUCUGUGUUUCUGAACUCUACCAUAGACUGCAGUUGGUUCAAGACAGAAUCUGCUGCAUCCUGCAACCACAGUCAUUCUCAUUCUCAACUGACUGUUGGUAGCUUGAGUUUUACCUUCAGUAGCUGGGUGUCUACAUAAACAAUGUCCAUGAAAUGGAUGGGUGGUUGGUGUUUCCGCCAUACCCACUUAACUGGGCUACUAAGAAUACCAGCCCCCCAGGAAAGCCAACCCUGCUCAUUUGCACUCUCCAACAGGUCUUGAAUCAGACACAAUUGCCUUCGCUGUCUCAUCACAUCUAGCACUUGUUUCAGGCAGGAGGGCGUCUGUCCUCUCCACUGCAAUCUACCGAGCAACGGUUAUCAUAGCAUGGGGCCACUGGGUGAAAACGCAACCUUUCAGCUAUCUCUCGGACAGAGAACACCGGCCGGCGGGUGGCACGACUGACACUGUGGAUCAGUGAGCUCCAAAACUGAACCUUCUGCUCCUCCAGGGAUAGACUCGACGAGGCAGCAGUUGGAGGGAAAGAGCCAAGGAGGAAAUGCAUCCGAUCUUCAUCUUCCCAGUCUGCCGGGUAAGCCAAGUCACCACUAGUAGCACUCGCCGACGUCAUCUUGAAAAUCUUCGCACACUCUUGUAGGCGGGGCCAGAAGAUGUUGCUUGCUGGAGAAGUUGCACUUGUAACCGGCGCCGCUAGAGGUAUAGGGCUGGCUACUGUUCGUCUGAUGCUUCAACACGGAGCAAAGGUUGGCUUGGCGGACAUUGACGAGACAGUGGGUGUGGCCACAUGUAGUGAGCUCCAGAAAGAAUUCAGUAGAAAUGCUGCUACCUUUAUCCCUACGGACGUGACGGACUCGAUGCAGCUGAGACGGAUGUUUCAAACAACCAUCAAAGAAUUUGGGAAAGUCAGCAUUGUCUGCAACAAUGCUGGAGUGGCUGAUGAGCAAAACUGGAAGAAGAUGAUAGCAGUGAAUAUGGUGGCAAUGAUGGAGAGCACACACCUAGCUGUGGAGUUCAUGUCCCACACCCGAGGUGGAGAAGGAGGUGUCGUCAUCAAUGUGUCUUCAAUGGGCGGCAUUCUUCCCAUGCCCUUUGGCCCAAGCUACAGUGCCAGCAAAUUUGGGAUAGUGGGUUUCACAAGAAGUAUGACAGAGUGUUUGGAGCGUGAUGGGAUAAGGGUCAACUGUGUAUGCCCUGAAUUCACGGACACUGCUAUGCUAGCAACCGCCAGCAUGACUAGUGAGCAGCUGGAGAUGGUUCAGAGUGUGGGGAUCUUGCAGCCAGAGCAAGUGGCAGAAGCCAUCCUCCAGCUUGCCACAGACAGUUCAAAGGCCGGAGCUGUCAUGACUGUUACUAUGAAAAGAGGAAUUGACUUUUUUCUCUUUCCUGGAGACCCAGGUUAUAGCAGCAAAAAAUCAAAGUUGUAAAUAUUUCGAGAUCAUUCAGUCUAGUCUAGAGUAGGGAUCAGGUGUGAUCACUUGGUAACCCGAGCCUUCUGAGCAAACUCCCACAGCUGUUUCUUCACCUGCACACCAUUGGCUUCAUAAUUAUAGAGACCUCCUGUUGACAUGUACAUACACUGACAGAAACACACCUUGUCAUCUGUGACCUUGAAAUUCUGCUGGAUAUAAUUGUUAAACUUGUCCAACUUCUUUGGUAAAUUUGGAGUCUUUUGAAAGAAUAAUUCGAUAAAAAGUUUCUAGGAAAAGUGAAUUGCCUACCUUCUUUAGCUUCUCCUUCAUGUCUCCCAUGUUCAUGGGUAACU